UUGAGGCGAGGUCCCAACCAUAGUAUUGUGUUGCAAUUUAAUUUAAUUAAUUAAAAUUUUCAUUUAAUAUACCUGUACAAGAUCAGUCCCAGCACAGACUGUUCAUAUUCACAUUCCUGUUGUAAUAAAAUAACUUCCAUACACCUCACAAACAUAUGGGAAGAAGAAAGAAAGAACGAAAAGAAAAGAAAAGAAAAGAAAGAAAGAAAGAAAGAAAGAAAGAAAGAAAGAAAGAAGAAAACUAAUAAAUACAGAAAGAAAUGCCCUAUCCUUAUACUCUGUUUUUCUUCUAUCAGCAAAACGAGAGGAAACACACAUCAAAGCAUAAGGCAGACAACAGGAAUAUCAGGAAGUUAAAAUUAUUUCAAGGCAAUGCUCUACCCACCAUCAAUAUCAAAAAAACCCAACAUAAAUAAUAGUUUUGAAUUAAUAAAUCCAAAACUGACUUCUUUACUGGAGGUUACCAAGGGACAGAAGAACUCAGAUCCUGAAGCCUGACACUGAUCAAACAGGGAUCAGGCUCAAAAUCACAACACUCUCCACCACAGAAAAACAUCUCCGCUCUUUGUGACACCCAGCACAGCCCCCCUGAACCAACAUUCAAAUAGGCAAGAGUGACACCGGCCCCGGGUAAGGGGAUACCCAGCACAUUUACAUCCCUGCACCUGCCCUGCUGCCCAGAGCAGUGACACCAAAUCCCCCCCAGCAGCAGCAGCAGCAGCAGCAGCAGCAGCAGCUCUAUAAAGCUCCUCUUGCCAUCCCUGACACUCCACCAAGAGCAGCCACUGACCUGCCUCAGGCUCUGCUGCCACAGCCCCCUUGGCCAGCACAGCUCUGCUCCCCAGCUCACACCAUGGAAGCUUGUCACUCUCCAUGGCAAUCCAAUGUCACUUCAUAUGGGGCCACAACUGUGGCCAUCAUCACCCUGGAGGCGUUUGCUGGCAUGUGGAUCAAUGCUUUCAUCGUUGGUGUGCUUUGCAUUGGCUGGGUCAAAAAGAAAACCCUGAACUCUAAUGAGAAGAUCUUGCUGCUGCUGGGGUGCUCCAGGAUUUUCUAUUUGUGCUUCUCAUGGGUAUAUUGCUCCCUUUCAAUAACUUAUCCCAAUUACCUUUAUGUUCAACCCACAUUUCAACUAAUUGUAUUUUUUCAAGCCUUUUUUAAUUGUUCCAACUUGUGGGUUUCUGCCUCUCUUUGUGUUUUUUAUUUUAUAAAAAUUGCCAAUUUCAGGAACAGGUUCUUCAUCUACCUGAAAGUAAAAACCGACAGGAUUGUGCCCUGGCUUUUGUUGGCAUCAUUGCUUUCAGCCUUGGCUAUCGGCAUCAUCGCUUAUGACUUGGCUGUUACAAACCUCAUCAUCAGCUGCAAUUCCACCGGGAAAGGAAAUUUUUCAAAAACUAGUGGUAAAAUGGAUGAAAAUUUUUUCCAGAUAUAUUUUAUCUAUGGCUUUGGAUUUGUUGUAUCUUUCACAGCAGUCAUCUCUUCUGCCCUUCUCCUUCUCUUUUCUCUCUGGAGACACAAAUGCAAGAUGCAGAAAAACUCCAUGAACACCCUCAGCAUGGAUGCCCACAUCAAAGCCAUUAAAUCUAUUCUCUCCUUUUUUAUAAUGUAUAGUAUUAACUUCAUAGUUUUGAUCCUCUCACUAAUCAAUUCAACAAAAGAAGAUAAUUAUGUGGCAUUUCUUAGUUUACUAUUUCUGUAUGCUUUUCCAGGUGUUCAUUCCCUUAUUCUGAUUUUCAGCAAUCCUAAACUGGAAAAGACAUUGAUAAGGAUUCUAUCCUGUGUCAAGUGCAAGGAUUGCAUGAGGUAGGAACUGUAAUAAAUGCUAGUGCCUACACAAAGUCUUUGUAUUUCAUUAUAAGACAAAAGUCAAUUUAUCUCUAAUGGAAAUCUCCAGGUAGAUGAUACAGAUGUUCUCUCUUUAGCACCGAAGUUAAGAAUAAAUCUUUCCAAUUCUUUGAGCCAAAUGAGUAUGACUUAGAUUAUUGGUAGCAGUUCAUUUAGGUAAUUCAUUCAGGUAAUUUUUUGAGUUCAAUUCUUGUCAAUAACAAAUUCAUUUAGAUCUGGUACAUGGGCUGGAUGCAAAGGGGCAAUAAGAGUACUGCAAACUUUCCUCAAACACUUUGGCAUUUGCUGAUUGAAAAAUGACUGUACUCAGCAUCAGGUUUAUUUGUGUUUGGGUUUACAUUUCUUUCUGCUGUGUCUCUGUUUUUUUGCCAUAUUAUCACUUGUAAUACUGGGUGGGGUGGCUGUUCCUUGAAGAACUGCAGUCUGAGGAGCACCCAUAUUGGAGACAUCUGAUCCUGAAGGACUGCAGCCCACUAAUGGGGUCCACACUCUAGCAGGAAAGAGAGCAUGAAGAGGAAGGAGUGGAAGAGAAAACUUUUUGUGGACUGACUGCAACCCCUAUUCAAUGUCACCCUGCACCAUGUUGGGGAGGAGGUGGAGAAGCUGGGAAUGAAAGUGAAUUUUGAGCUGUGAUGAAGGGUGAAAGGGACAGUGCUCUAGUUUUGUACUUGUUCCUCACCAUCGUAGCCUAUAUUCAAACAGCAAUAAAUUAAAUAAAAUUUUGGAAAUUUGAGUCUGUUUUCUCCAUGACAGUAACUGGUGGGUGAUCUUCCUGUCCUUAUCUCAACCCAUGAGCUUUUAUCUUCUAUUUUCCCUCUUGACCUAUUGCAGAGCAUGAGUGAAGAAGAGGCGGGCGGAGGGUCUGGCAGGUGUCCAAGUUUAACAAUCCACAGCAGGUCAUGUAAAUAUUAAAUAAUUCCAACAUCAACAGAACAGAAUCCAAGUGUUCAUUUCUUUUACCAGCUCUGGCUCAGAGGGACAAUUUACUGCAUACGCAGUGCCAGGUGUGUAUUUUCAUAUUAUCACCUUCAAAAAGAUUCAAUCCUGUUCAUGAAAUGAGAGAAACAACCUUUUAAACCAGAGUAACAUCUUAAUCACUACAAUAUUUCCUUUUCCCAAGACUACAGAGUCUCCACAGGGGGUGGUAGUGACAAAGUCUUGGUGAAUCUCUCUCCUUCUCCAAUGACACCGGAGGGGAUGGCUUGGAACUAAAAGCAGACUCUGUAUUUUAAAGACCCAAUCCGCACAUUCCAUGCAUUGAAAACCUGGUAUUUGAGACUCUGGUUUUAUAUUGAUUUUGUUUUCAAGGGGCCAGAUUCCCCAUGCAGAGCUGAGCCCAAAAUUCAGCCAUGGUGUGGUCCUGCACAGUCCCAGCAUAGACAGUUCAAAUAGACAUCGGUUGUAAUAGAAAUAACUUUGAUUCACAAAGAUACGGAAAGAAGAAGAAAGGAAGAAAGGAAGCAAGGAAACAAACAAGGGGAAAAACCCAACAACCCCACAGAGUGUUUUCAUUCAGGAAAAGAGAAGGAAAUACACAUCAAAGCAUAAGGCAGACAACAGGAAUAUCAGGAAAUCGAAAAUUCCCUCAAGGCAAUAGUCUGCCCAUCAUAAAUGUAAAAAAAUAACAAAAGAAAUAACAUUUCAAAAUAAGUGCAAUCAAAAAUAAAAUUGGACAUAGUGGGUGACAAAGAAGUAGAAGAACCCAGAUCCUGAAGCCUGACACUGAUCAAACAGGGAUCAGGCUCAAAAUCACAACACUCUCCACCACAGAAAAACAUCUCCGCUCUUUGUGACACCCAGCACAGCCCCCCUGAACCAACAUUCAAAUAGGCAAGAGUGACACCGGCCCCGGGUAAGGGGAUACCCAGCACAUUUACAUCCCUGCACCUGCCCUGCUGCCCAGAGCAGCGACACCAAAUCCCCCCAGCAGCAGCAGCAGCAGCAGCAGCAGCAGCAGC